AUGUCGGAUACAGUCAACCCUAUCAUCUCAGGCUUCGCGCCCGAUCCAUCCGUGGUCUUGGUGGGCGACUGGUUUUAUCUCGUCAACUCCAGUUUCCACGCUUUUCCCGGUCUUCCUAUCUACGCCUCUCAAGAUCUGGUAUCAUGGAAGCAGAUCGGAAAUGCAAUCCACCGCCAAUCCCAGCUUAGCCUCGCAAAGUCGCAGGCAAACCUCUAUCCGGUAGAUGAUGGCAAGUUCUUGGUCGGGAGUGGAGGCCUAUACGCGCCCACGAUCCGUCAUCACCAGGGAAAAUUCUAUGUCGUCUGUACCAAUGUCAUCCGUGCAGAGGGAAAGAACAGGGACGCGACGGAGAAUUUCGUAGUUUCCACCGAUGAUAUCUGGUCAGGCACAUGGAGCGACCCGGUCUACUUCGAGUUUGAGGGAAUCGACCCGAGUCUUCUGUUCGAUGAUGAUGGAAAAGUCUACCUGCAAGGGUCCGGUGGAAUAGGCCCAGGCACCACGAUCAACCUCUUCGAAAUCGACCUCAAGACCGGCGCAAAAUUGACCGAGGAAGUAAUCAUCUGGAACGGCACUGGUGACAUUUAUCCCGAGGGGCCGCACUUGUAUAAGGUCAAGGGCUGGUAUUACUUGCUCAUCGCGGAGGGUGGUACCCAUGGCGGGCAUAUGGUGACGAUGGCACGCUCUCAGAAUGUCUUUGGCCCGUAUGACUCGUGUCCAAGCAACCCCGUCCUCACGGCGCGUGGUACUCAAGAGUAUGUCCAGUAUACCGGCCACUGUGAACUCUUCCAGGACAAGGAGGGCCAAUGGUGGGGAACCUGCCUUGGAGGCCGUCUAGAGGACCAAGGGAGAUGCCCCAUGGGCCGCGAGACCUUUUUGACCCGGGUCGACUGGGAGGGCGACUGGCCGGUCUUUGAUCAAGUGAAAUUGAGCCCCCGUAGCCUUUCAGCAACCCGUUCGAGCUCGCACCUCACGGCUGAAGCUGGGUUGGACUAUCUCUACAUUCGAGAUGCUAUCAUGAGCAAUUAUCGGAUCGAGAAUAACCAUUCAUCCCUGACAUUGAUUGCAUCAUCGGUCGAUUUGUCCCACCCGACAGACAGCCCGACCUUCAUUGGCAAGCGGCAACGGGAAUUAUCCGGCAGCAGCUCUGUGGUCCUCGAAGGAAUCGAGGGUUCCUGGAGCUCUGCAAAGAUCCAGGCUGGUCUCGCCUGUUACAAGGAAGAGCACCGCUUCUCAAGAAUAUACUACGACCCUUCUCAGCAAGCGGUGGUUCUUGAACUGGUCAAUGCUGGCCAGAAGAUCGUUCAAACUGAGAAACAUACUCUCGAGGAAGUCCCUCGCUCGCUGCUUUUCCGGAUAGAGUACACAGAGAAGCAGUAUUCCCUGCUUUAUUCAUUCCAACCUCACGUUAGAAAUGACUGGACGUGCCUUGGAACGGUUGAUACUUUGGACAUGACUGAUCCUGAUUUUACUGGCCCGAUUAUUGGCGUCUACGCUGUUGGGCAGACGAAGGGCGUGCAAGUUCAUUUUGAGGGUCUUAGUGUCGAGUAA